AUGUCCCAGCUCCAAUUGAAUGCCGCAGAGGACCUGAUCAACGCCAAUGAGAGGUGGGCACGAGACGUAAUCAAACACGAUCCCAAUUUCUUCAAGGACUCUGCUACUGAUUCCCAAAGGCCCAAGGUCCUUUGGAUUGGCUGCUCUGACUCGCGAGUGCCGGCCUCUGUCGUCACAGCGUCCAUGCCUGGCGAUAUCUUUACACACACAAACAUCGCAAACCAAUUCCACAGCUUUGACGACAACGUCAACUCCGUCCUAUCCUACGCUGUCGACCCGGUCGGCGUCAAACACGUCGUCCUCGUCGGCCACAGCGUCUGCGGAGGUGCCCAAUCAGCGAUACAGGCUGCUGAACAAGGGCCCGUAGAGCCCUACGACCCACUCACGCGUUGGUUGGCCCCCCUCGUUCAACUCGUUCGAACCCUCGACCUCCACGGGUUGCCUGAGAAUGAGGCGGUGGACAAGGUCGUUGAAGCCAACAUCCGCAAGCAGGUUGAAAACAUUUGCCUCUCAGAGCCCAUUGUUACUGCGUGGGCAACCGGGAAAAAUGUCUCUGUGCACGGAUGGGUGUACGAUCUCGCUACGGGACGAAUCAGAGAGCUUGUCGUGCGAUCCCCUCCGUGUGCUAAUGCUAGUUCUUGUUAG